GUCACUAUAUAGGUAUUAAAUACUAAUGACUCACUAGCCAAAUCAUAACGUUAACGUCAUCACAAUCGUUUAAAGUAGAUAAUUAAAAGUUUAUUGGUUGCAAGCUAUCUUUUUUUUUUAUACUUGCCGAUAUACAGUAUUGUGCGAAAUAAUUUUUUAGGAAAACUUUUUGAGAUACAAACAACGCUACUUCCGUUUUUGAACGUCUUGUUCAUGUUACCAUCGUAUACUAAGCCAGCAUCGUAUUUGUAAACAUAAGCGUCAAAGUAUUGAUAUUUCCAUAUAAAUUUAUACAUACAGACCUAACAAGCAAAUUUCUUUUGCUAAAAUAUUUUAAAAAUCUUGUGCAAUGAAAGCUGUCAUCCUCAUAGGAGGUCCCUCUAAAGGGACAAGGUUCAGGCCACUGUCCUUGGACAUACCCAAGCCAUUAUUUCCAAUUGCUGGUAUUCCGAUGAUUCAGCAUCAUGUGGAGGCGUGUAAGAAAGUGGGCUGUGUUUCCGAAGUGUUGAUUAUUGGUUCUUACAACAUAGCCGACAUACAGCCGUUUGCUGAGGACAUGUCGCGCAGCAAUGGUGUUGUGAUUAGAUAUUUGCAAGAAUUUACACCUUUGGGAACUGCUGGUUCCAUGUAUCACUUUAGAGAUCAGAUAAGAGCAGGUGGAGAGGAGAGCUUUUUUAUAUUCAACGGUGACGUGUGCGCCGACUUCCCUCUUGAGGAGCUCUUACAAUUUCACAAAAACAAAAAGUCCCUUUUAACAAUAAUGGCAACAGAAGCUACAAGACAGCAGUCCCUGAAUUAUGGAUGUUUGGUCAUCAAUAGUGAUAGUUGUGUUGCACAUUACGUAGAAAAGCCAUCUACGUUUGUGUCCACUCUCAUCAAUUGCGGAGUAUACGUGGCGACAAAUGAAAUUUUCCAAACGAUGGCUGAUGUUUUCUACAACGAAAGACCUCAGCAAAAAUCAACAAUUUCCAAUGGCAACGGCAAAGAUUCAAGCUACAUCUCCCUGGAACAGAAUAUCAUAACAAAAUUGGUAAACAGUGGAAAACUAUUUGCAUUGACAGUGACAAAUUGGUGGUCACAAGUAAAAACUGCAGGUUCUGCUAUCUAUGUCAAUCGUCAUUAUUUGGCUUUGUACAGACAACACAAGCCAGAGAGAUUAGCAUCUGAAAAAAACAGUCCAUGCCAAAUAAUUGAUGAUGUCUACAUACAUCCUACUGCCUCGAUUCAUUCUACUGCGGUGUUGGGUCCAAACGUGAGCAUAGGCGCAAACGUGACGAUAGGUUCGGGCGUCAGGAUACGCGAGACUAUCGUAAUGGACAAUGCCAAAAUAGAAGCACACUCGAUAGUCCUGUACAGCAUCGUUGGCAAAGACAGCAGGGUUGGCGAGUGGGCGAGGGUUGAAGGCACACCUUGUGACCCCAACCCUGACAAACCAUUUGCCAAGAUGGAAAACCGGCCGCUCUUCAACAUCUAUGGUCAGCUCAAUCCCUCUGCCACUAUCAUAGGAUCCUCCGUGAGUUUGGCCUCCGAAAAAUUACUACUGAACUCUAUCAUUUUACCGCACAAAGAAUUAACUCGAGAUUUUAAGAACGAGAUCGUAUUGUAAGUUAUUGAUCAAGUAAAAAACAUUAUUAGGAACAUUUACGAGAAUGCAGAACUGUAAAUUAAAAAAGGAAAUCGUUUGGAAAAAAAAAUCAGUUUUUAUUGUUUGUCACGUGAGACGUUGAUGUGCAUAAUAUUGAUUUUCAUCUUAAAGACAUCGCUUACAUUUAUGAUACAAUUUUUACAAAUUUUAUCUGUAAGAAAACUUCGCGCAAAUGCAAACCACUUGAACAAUAAGUUAUUGCCUUUGCAGUUACUUAUUACUAGAUGAUAAAUUUUUUGUUAAAUUUUUUAUUUUUUACAUAAAAAUAUGCGUAGUAAAUAUGUUAGAACUACAAGCUAUAUGGAUAGUGGGCAAUAAUUUUUAGAUAAUAUACAUUUGUAGAUGAUUCGUGCAAAAAAUAAAUUUUUGCCUGCAUCUCGCUAAACUUGAUCGGUAAAUUUUUUACCAUCAGUAUUUGAAAAUUAAUGCCAAUCGUUUGAAACGAAUAAAAUUGGCACGUAAGUGAUUUUUUAAUUUAAUGUUUUAAAAACAAUUUUUUACUUUCCAUAGUUUUCGAGACGAAAUAAUAAAAAACUGUUUUUAGAAAAUUCUUUUGUAAGGUUCUUGAUACUUAUUUUGUACGGAUUUCACUAAUACAACUCGCAGCUCAAAGUUUAUUUGUAUACAAUCUGUAGUAGAGCUCUUAAUGCGUGCAUACGAGAACGUGAAACUUUAAUCAUGUCAAUUGCAACAUAAAUCUUGAAACAAUGAAUUUUUAUGCAUGGAAAUCACCCAAAUUUACAUCGAUUUAAUGUUUUAUUUUCAUACAAACCAUAUACAGGUACAUAUUUAUACGCAAUACUCUUUUACCACAACCGAUGUUUAUUUUGUAUUUUUCGAGCGGAUCGAGCGUCGUUCCGUAAACUUUUGUACAUAUAUAUAAAAUAAAAUGGUUUUAUC